AUGACUAGUGUACGUCAGACAGAUUUACUUGGAACCGGAGUUGAAGUAAAAACAAAAGCUCUAAAAAUUAUUAAAAAAGAGUCAAGAGAAGAAAAAUUAGAAAAAGAAUUAGAAGAUGUUGAAUUAUUUUGCUCUGAAACACGAAUUAUCGGAAAGGGUUCAUUUGGUGUUGUAUUUCAAGCUAAAUGCAAAAAUGGUGUUAACGGUAAUGUUGAAUCAGUCGCAAUUAAAAGAGUUUUACAGGAUAGAAGAUAUAAAAAUCGUGAAUUACAAAUGAUGGUACAUUUAAAUCAUCCAAAUGUUGUUGAAUUAAAAUAUUAUUUCUAUUCUAAUGGAGUCGGAGCAAAGUCAGAUGACAUUUAUCUUAAUCUUGUAUUAGAAUACAUUCCGGACACUGUUAGUCGUAUUGCCAAAUCUUACAGUGGUAGAAGAGCUGUUAUACCAGCUCCUUAUGUUAAAGUAUAUAUUUAUCAAUUAUUGCGUGCCCUUGGAUAUUGUCAUUUGCUAGGAAUAUGUCAUCGUGAUGUUAAGCCACAAAAUCUUCUACUUAGUGCUGAAACAAAUGUUUUAAAACUUUGUGAUUUUGGUUCUGCAAAACAUUUAAUACCAGGAGAAACUAAUGUUGCUUAUAUAUGUUCAAGAUAUUAUCGUGCACCAGAAUUAAUUUUUGGUUCAACUGAUUACACAACACAAAUAGAUGUAUGGAGUGCUGGAGCAGUUUUAGCAGAAUUACUACUGGGAACACCAAUUUUCCCUGGAGAGUCAGCAGUUGAUCAAUUGGUUGAAAUAAUAAAAGUUCUUGGAACUCCUACAAAAGAACAAAUAAGAAAAAUGAAUCCAAAUUAUACUGAAUAUAAAUUUCCAAAUAUAGGACCACAUCCAUGGAAUAAAGUAUUUAGACCAAGAACUGAUCCAUUAGCAAUACAAUUAGUCCAUGAUCUUGUACAAUAUGAUCCUAAUAAACGCCCAACAGCUUAUGAAGCAUUAAAAAGUCCAUUUUUUGAUGAAUUAAAAAGACACGGAUAUAGAUUACCAUCUGGUGCUAGAUUACCACCAUUAACAAAUUGGACAAUUGAUGAAAGAGAAUAUUUUAUUAAAGAUGAAUCUGGUUUACAAUCUCUUUUACAAUUUGAUAGUGUUUCUGAAUCAGCUGAUGUAAGUUAUGAAAGUGGUUCAACUCAUCCAAUGACAACAAGAAGUAAUAAUAAUAGACUUUCAAGAUCAACUACAGAAAAUGUCAGUGUCUCUAAUGAUGUAACUUGUAAUCAGAAUCAAAAAGAUUUAUCUGGAAAUGAUAGUUAUUCUGGUGACUCUUUUUCCAAGGAUAACAUUUAA